AUGUCGGAAUCGUAUCCAGCCAUUCUCAACUCCGUGGUUGAUUCGUUCGAAAUCAAACCGGAUCUUGUUAUGCUAAGUAAAAUCGAUGAGUCCAUCCAGAAAUCCUCGAUCCAAAGGUCGCUCAAGUUGGAACAACAACAAUCGAUCCUAAAUCAGCUCCAAAAGGAGUAUGAUUCUCUUCUCAAGGAGGCCAAUUCGUUGUCUGAUCCCUCGUCAAGUGAGGACAUUUUGGCACAGCUCGAAAUCAAAACUGUACCGCUGGUGCUGCCUAACGAUAACCUCUUUGAUUUGUUUGAUAAGAAAUCCAUUGAACUAGACAACUCCAAGGUUGUCCUUGCCAAGAGGAUAAAUGAAUUGGACUCGCAGAUUAAUCUCAAGAAAAUCAAUAUCCUGAAACUACAUGAGCAGCUUGAAAAAGUCACACAGCAAACUGAAAAUGUUUUGAAUGAGAACUUGCUACAAAACCCCGACUCGAAGAUCAUGAAAAUCAACUUGUACAAAUCGCUUGGAAUAUUGAUAGAAAACGGCACAAAUGGCGUGGAUGAAGAUAAGAUAUUGCUAUACAAUAAAGAGAAUGAUCUUACGAGCAUUUUGAAUGUGAAUGACAAGUAUAGUGACUACUUCAUAACCAACCACAUUUGGGAUAGAUUGUAA